AUGAGUGUCUUGGUGGUCACUGGUCAUGUUUGUGCGCACCCCGCCUUGCUCGCUCGCAAGUCCAUAGCAUUAUUGUUCUUCGCGUUUCUGAUCUGUCUCGAGUACCGUCAUUCCUGCGUCCGCAAGAAAGCCGUAUUUGCCGUGUACACUAUCUACCGCGAAUAUCAACACCUCAUCCCAGAUGCCCCCGAGCUCAUGCAGACUUUCAUUGCUGCAGAGACUGACGCGACGUGCAAGCGUAACGCAUUUGUGUUCCUUGCGCAUUGCGCGAUGCCUAAAGCUACGGAGUGGUUGAUUAGUGUGUAUGAUCAGCUGACGAGUCUAGACGAGCUCUUGCAGAUGAGCAUCAUAGAAGUCAUCAGCUGCUACGACGCUCACUACACUCGCGCAAACCCCGCUGCUGUGAAAGCGGCUGCCUCGUGCUUUAUUAAUCUGGUUAUCAAAGAAUCCGACAACAACGUUAAGCUCAUUGUUCUGAAUCGCCUGGAUACCCUACCCUCCAAGCAUGGUCAUAUUCUGGAUGAACUGACGACGGACCUCUUGCAGGUCUUGUCGAGCGCCGAAAUGGAGGUCCAAAAGAAAGCCACGAGCAUCAUACUCACCAUGACCUCGAAUUGGAACGUCGAGGAAGUUAUUCGCUUCCUCAAGAAGCAGCUGCAGCAGACACAGGAACACGGGUUCGAAAAACAACUUCUAAUCCAAUCGAUCCAUGUGUUAGCAGUCAAGUUUUCUGAGGUGGCUGCAAGUGUUCAUGCACUCAUGGAAUCCAUUGGAGACUCGAAUAACCCCUCAGCGUUGGACGUCGUGGCCUUCGUCCUUCGAGAAGUUCCCACACCUCCAGCAGUCCAUAGAUCAAUUCCGGUAAAGCCUUCCGCGGCGUUCUCUGGAUUCUGGGCGAGUGCGUCGAAGGACAUUCGCAAAGUGCUUGGCGAGAUCCCUAUUUUUGCAAGUGAGCAGCGCCUACUGGACGAGGCUGACGGAGAGGAAGGCAAUAAGGAAGACAAUAAGGUCGAGGGAAGCGGGCGGACAAAGGUACUUGCUGACGGGACAUAUGCGACAGAGACGGCGUACACCACCGUCAACUCGGCGAGAUUAGUCAAGGCUGCGUUCAAACCCCCAUUGAGAGCGCACAACUUUUAUAACUCCGAGCUUAACGAGAACAUCUAG